AUGUGGCUCGCUUUGAAGAACUUGUUCAGAUAUCUGCGUCUCAAGGCGCUGGUUAGCUUUGCUCGACUUACCGUAUGGUGGGGCGGUCUUCCCAAGGCCUCGCCAGACUCAAUCAUCCAGAUCCCCUCAAGGACUGGUCGCAGCAUCAAGGCACACUACUACAAAUCUACUUCAUUUACUCCUGGCGUUCCAUCACCACUCUUGAUCAAUUUCCACGGAAGUGGCUUCGUGUUCCCUCUCCACGGCUCCGACGACCUCUUCUGCCGCAAAGUCUCCACGUCAACUCCUUACUCGGUCCUGGAUAUUCAAUACAGUCUUGCUCCCGAGUACCCUUGGCCAGCAUGCCACAAUGAUGCCGAAGACGUCGUAAACUGGGCUCUCGGUCAACCUGACGCCUACGCUACUUCUCAAAUCGCCAUUUCUGGUUUCAGCGCUGGUGCCAACAUGGCUUGUGUGGCUGCCGCAUCGACCUUCCCCAAGGACACAUUCAACACUCUCCUCGCCUUCUACCCACCUACAGACUUGUCCAUGACACCCGAGUCAAAGUCGCCUCCCGAGGACGAUGGCAGAGGCAGUGAUAUGACUGCAAAGAUGGCACGCUUGUUCGACGCUUCGUACUUGCGUCUUGAUCCCGACAAGGCAGAUCCUCGUGUGUCUCCUGCUCUAGGACCUGUCGAGAAGUACCCCGAGAACUCCUUGUUCAUCACAUGCGGCCGUGACAGCCUCUGUCUGGAGACUGAACGCCUGGCUAAGCGAGUCGAGGAGAAGCAUGGAGAGAGCGUCGUGCUCAGACGCAUGGAGAAGUGUGGUCACGCAUGGGACAAAAGGGCAGCUCCAGGGUCACACCAAGAGGCCAAGCGCAUCGAGGCAUACGGACUGGCUAUUGAGAUGUUGAUGAGGACAAGGCAGUAA